UUUUUGUUUAUUUUCUAGCAGGCAGUGUUUUGUGCAACUGUAAAUUUCUCGCGUCAGCAAAUUGGACCGCUUCACGACGCAGCUCAUAUUUGUUUCGUGCGUUAUUUUCAUUCGAAAUAACAUAACACGCAAAAACGGGAAAACAAUUUUUGUUGGGCCAAAUACAUCCACAUUCCUGGUCAUUCAUUACUUACUACCGUCCGUCGCUAUCUCUGCUCAGGCACACGUGUUCGACGUUUGCCGCACUAACCCCGUUUAGCAUCACGCCCCUUAAACUAGCUAGGCCCAGCUAAGAUGGCCCCUAAGAAACGUAAUGGAUUUAUGAUGUUCGUUACCGAGUGGCGUGCCCGUAAUGCCGAGGGUCGCCGAAUGACACUGGCACAGGCUGUUUCGCACUGCGGCAGCAUAUGGGAAAAAAUGACCACCCAGCAGCGGGGACCAUACAACUCUGGCGCCAAGGACGCCAACCUUCACGUUCAGAAGGAUCGCCUCAACUGCUACGGCGAGGGAGUCACCCAGGUGGACAAGGCUAAGAAAGAGGCCGCCGACAGCUUGAUGCACAUGAAACUUACCACCGAGCGUAUGGUGAAGGAUGCAAAGAAGUCCCAUGAUCUGGAGAACGCCAAGUUCGUUUUCGCUGCUUUCAACUUCUUUACCAAAGCCCUAACUACCGAGGUAUAUGUGCCCGCCGAAUUCGCGGCAUGCGAGUACUCAUUGAAGGAAGGAAUCCACUCUAUCUACAGCACCAUGAUUGACCCAGGCCAUAUCAUUUUCGGCCAGGGCAGCGAUGCCCAGCACCACUCGUCCACGACUCACAACCUUCCGCUGCCACCCAAUGCAUUGGGGGAAAAGGACAUGGCUAAACUAUACCGAAACAUCGUCGAUUAUUUGACCAAGAAUUUGGAAGACAAGCCUCUCAUUGUGUUCACACCCUCGGAAAAUAUUGCGAUGGUGCAGUCUUGCUUUCGGUACUUGUCCUGCGAAGAUGACGGCUACGGAGACGAAGGUCAGAGUAUUCAGGUGCUCGAUAUCCAAUACUUGCUGUUCAUAUUGAAGAAGGAGGUGAUGGAUGUUUCCGGUUUGCCUAAUGAUAAUAUCAACAAAUUCGUAACGGACGCCUUUUUCAAGAAGGACUUCUUUGAGUUUACGCCUGAGAUUGCAUGUCAGUUCCACGAGGAGAACGACCGCACCAAGUACUGUACCCAGAGUAUGGUGACUAGAUGGGCCUAUAGCUUUAGCGAUUUCCUGUGCGGACACCUUGCUAUUUCCUUAAACCCAGGAAAACAUAUACCACCUAAAACAAAACCUAACUACCGGAUAAUUAAUUCGGACGCCCCCUCGCUAUCCAAGGAGUCCUCUAUCGACACGCUACCAGGGUCGAGGGUCAAGAAAGAAAACCGAUCUCAAGACAUCUCUCCUUCUAGCAGCCGCCAUUCCAUCGCAUCUAGUUCUUACGCAGCCACUGACCACACCGCCUUUACCGCCGACUUAAAUGAACUAGGUCAAUUUCCGAGCCUUGGUCGUCGUAAUCCCAGUGGGCGUCGCACUCCCGCAGCCAGUGCUCCGCUACAGCGCGAAAGGAACACACGGGCUUGGAAUUUACCGACGCACUCGAGACCUCUUCACGAAUUCACCGAUAACGACUUCAGCUUAGCCGAAACGAACAAAAAAUAGAAAACUAAACAACUUCUAAAUGUAAGAAGAAGAAACGCUGUCUCGAUUUUAAGAUAUUCAUUACCCUCUAACAUUCUCUGAUAAUUAAAAAAAAGAAACGCUAACCAAUUA